AUGGCUCGAUUACCGGUGCAGACGAUCCAGCGGGAUCCCCAGCUGUUUUACUGGAUCCUGUUCCCGAUUACCGUCGUGAUGGUCUUGACGGGUAUACUGCGACACUACGCGACCGUCCUGAUGGCCACGUCGCCGAAGAAGCUGGACCAGAAGACCAUGCGGGAACAGCGGUCGAUGCUGCACGGCGUCGCAACGCGCAGCAACUUCCACGUCCUCUCGGGCCCGUCCUUCCGCGCGCGCCGCGACUACCUCACCAACGCCUACGAGACGGGCGCCUUUCUCAAGAGCCCCGACCAGCGCGGCCAGCCCCCGCCGAACCCCAUGACCGACCCGGGCGCCAUGGACGGCAUGAUGGGCAUGAUGAAGAACAACAUGGCCAUGAUGAUCCCCAACACCUUGAUCAUGAGCUGGAUCAACGCCUUCUUCAGCGGCUUUGUCAUCAUCAAGCUGCCGUUCCCCAUCACCGUCAAGUUCAAGAGCAUGUUGCAGGCCGGCGUCGCGACCAGGGAGAUGGACCCUAGGUGGAUGUCCAGCAUCAGCUGGUACUUCCUGUGUAUCUUUGGGCUGCAGUCCGUCUUCAACUUCCUGCUGGGAAGCGAUAAUGCCGCCAGUCAGAUGGCCCAGCAGAUGGGCGGCAUGGGUCCUCAAGCCGGUGCUCAGAUGUUUGGCCCUGGCGUCGACCCAGACAAGCAGUUCAAGAUAGAGACGGAGAAUCUCGCAGUGGUCGAGCAUUACUCGGUCCUCGAUGGUGUGGAGGAUAGAUUGCUCGAGGGUAUCAUGUCUAAAUAG